AUGUCAUACAUUGGUCCAGGUUUUAUAACCAAAUGCUCUAAACCUGGAGUUGUCGCGUUAACAUUCGAUGAUGGACCAGGACCAUAUACUAAUAUUUUACUUGAUUAUUUAUCAACUAAAAAAAUAAAAGUAACAUUUUUUGUAUUAGGAAUUUCAGCGGAAAAGUAUCCGGAAGUAUUAAAAAAAAUUUUAGAAGAAGGACAUCAAAUAGGGAUACAUACAUUUACGCAUCCACAUUUAAAUGAUUUAUCGUAUGAACAACAAAAAGAAGAAAUUUCUAAGGCUAAUGAUACAAUUUAUAAAAUCUCUGGAGUAAUUCCGAAUUAUAUGAGGCAAUUUUUAUUUUCAAAUCUCGUCGCAAGUUUAAAUACUUCUUUGGAUUUAAUUGUAACACAAUGGAAUAUGGAUUCUAUUGAUUGGCGUUACGAAACAGCAUCCUACCAAGAACAAAGAUCAAAUAUCUUAAAUAACAUUCUUACUUGUUUAUCAUCAUCAAAUCCAAAAACUGAUAGUUUUAUUUCGUUACAACAUGAUCCUUAUAAGUAUAGUAUUGAUGUUGUGCCAGAAAUUGUUGAGGCAUUCGAAAAAAAUGGAUACACAUUCGAAACUAUUGCAGAAUGUUUAGUAAAUAAUGUUCCACCUUAUAAAAAUGUGAAUGAAGGUGGUAACACAACAAAAAAUGAGGCAAAGAGUAGUGCGAAGAGUAAUAUGAAUAAUAACAAGAAUAAUGUGAAGAAUAACAAGAAUAAUAUGAAGAAUAACGAGAAGAGUAACACGAAAAAUAAUGUAACUUCUGGAUCAUCCGAUCCAAAACAUAAUGGAUCCUGUUUCAGCAUUAGUAAUGGGAUGUUUAUCGGAAUUUUGACAUUUGUUACCAUUGUUUUCGAAAUCAUGCCAAAAGAAAGGUCAUAUAAACUUGGUGGCGACGGAAAAAACGAUACACCGACUGUUGGAACUGUUGAUAGUUCAGCGGCGGCUGAGGCCGCUGAAAGACGAGUUCAACAAGCACAAAGUCGAGGUGUUCAAAAGGGUGGAGGAAAACUAAGCAAGAGGUUGGAUGAACGACAAAAAUCGCCUAGUAGUGAUGAUCAUCCACCCGAUGCGAACCUUGAAAAUCUACGAGGGUUGUCAAUAUCAGAUAAAUUUUUUCAAUCAUCAACAACUCACACUUUCAAAAUGAAUUCUAGGAAUUUUAAUCAACUUGAGCAAUCUUCACAAUUUAUUGCUGUGAAGAAUCAAUUUCAAUUAGAAUGCUAUAAUAACAAAUAUGCUUCUAAUAUUCUUCCUAAGCUGUACUUGGGAAGUUUGGUAGCAGCUACAGAUGAAAAUUGGUUAAAGGAGCAUAAAAUUACACAUAUUCUUACAGUAGCUGAUAGUGUUUUACCUUCUUUUCCUGAGUCAUUCACGUAUAAAGUAAUUUCAAUAAGAGAUCACCCAUCACAAAAUAUUUCAAAACAUUUUGAAGAAGUUAUUGAAUUCAUACAAAGUGUCUUAGAUCAAGAGGAUGGAAAUAUUCUUGUUCAUUGUCAUCAAGGUGUUUCACGUAGUGCAAGUGUGGUCAUAGCCUAUAUCAUGAGAUCUAAACAACAAUCGUUGGAUGAUGCUCUUAGUUUUGUUAAAGGAAGAAGAUCCGCUAUUCGACCAAAUACAGGAUUCCUUCAACAAUUAAAAAAGUACGAAUCAACUAUAUUAAUUAAAACGGAUAUUAAUAGAGACAACUCAAUAACAAUCGUCGAAAAAUCUACAAACACAGAAAAUUCUAUGAUCACAGAAAAUUCUAUGGUUAUUGAUUCAAACACAGAAAAUUCUGUGGUUAUUGAUUCAAACACAGAAAAUUCUAUGAAUAUUGAUUAA